UGGAGGAAUCACAUGACCUCCAGUCAGCUGAUCAUCAAAUCCUGCGUCCUGUAGCUGGGGUCACAGCGAUGAUAUUAUAAUCAUUUAAUCGUGAUAUUAAAUUAGCGAACACUAUAUUUGACGAUUUCAACAGCGAAACGUCGCAGUAGUUUGAUAUAGUGUUCAAAUUAAAGAAGAAAGAUGUCGGGAAAAGAACGGAUCGACGUGUUUCCCUCUAGAAUGGCUCAGACCAUUAUGAAAGCUCGACUGAAAGGAGCUCAAACUGGCCGUAGUUUGCUGAAGAAGAAAGCUGAUGCUCUGUCCAUGCGAUUUCGACAGAUUCUAAGAAAAAUAAUUGAGACUAAGACUCUGAUGGGAGAGGUGAUGAGGGAAGCCGCCUUCUCAUUAGCUGAGGCCAAAUUUGCUGCUGGUGACUUCAGUACUACAGUCAUUCAGAAUGUGAACAAGGCCCAGGUGAAGGUCAGAGCAAAAAAGGACAAUGUUGCAGGAGUCACUCUUCCGGUGUUUGAACAUUACCAGGAGGGAGGAGACAGUUAUGAGCUCACUGGUCUGGCCAGAGGUGGAGAGCAGCUGUCUCGUCUGAAGAGAAACUACGCCAAAGCGGUCGAGCUUCUCGUAGAGCUGGCCUCGCUGCAGACCUCUUUUGUGACGCUGGACGAGGCCAUCAAGAUCACAAAUCGCCGUGUGAACGCCAUCGAACAUGUGAUUAUUCCCAGGAUCGAGCGCACACUCACGUACAUCAUUACCGAGCUGGAUGAACGGGAGCGAGAGGAGUUCUACAGGCUUAAGAAGAUCCAGGAGAAGAAGAAACAGCUCCGUGAGAGGACGGAGAAGGAGAUCGCCAUACGCUUGGCUGCUUUGGGCCCGAUCUCGGAGCCCACGAACAUGCUGAACGAAGAGGCCGACGAGGACCUGCUGUUUGAAUGAGACCCUCGAUCCGAGCAACCCACCCAGAAACCACAUCAUAUUUAUUCUUUGUGCCUGUAAGGCUGAGCUUUACAUGUCUCGUGAAAAGAGGAAGCUCUUGUUUUGUGUAUAUGUUGGUGCCGUGUCACUGUUUUUGUUCAGGGUGAAUAGAAUAUCAAAAACGCUGUAAAAUGAGCAGGUCUGAAUCCAGAAACCGUUUAACUAAUGUAAUGGUUUUUAUGUCUGAACAGAAAAGAAAUCCUGUAAAAUACAGUUUAAUGUGUAUAAAUGAAUUCAAAUGAUCAUUCCAUGGAGUUGUGCACAUUUUCUGACACUCGUUCUGCUUCUGGUCUUAUUGCAUGCAUGUGUGAAACCAGUGCGAUCUCCAUUAGCUAAUGGGAAUAUUCUGUGACGUAUCUCUUUUGAGUACUUCAAUGUUGACACAAUCCCUAACUAACAUCAGCCCAGUCUCUUCCGUGAAAGCGUGUACUCAAAACUCCUGUGAAGUUAAUUUCAAUAAAUGUUUUAAAUGGUCA